AUGCCGAGAGCACCGAUGACUCUAAAACGUAGCCGAGGGCUAUCAAAAGAGGGUAGCACAGGUAGCGCCCCUGCGCAGAGCGCUUAUCUUGACGAGCAGCCUCCUUUGGAAAUGGAUACCAUACGACCCGCCGAUGAUGAGAUAGUGAAUGUCUUGAAUCGAGUCUUGGACAUUCUUAAGGACUCAACAAUUGCCUCAAAGACCGACAAGGACGACCGCUCGCGUUUCUGGGAACACGACGACGAGUUCCUUGAGCAAUACAACAGCGACAUGGACAUUGUGUUGAUCUUUUCUUGUCUGUUCUCCACCGUCAGCACGGCUUUUAUUGUUGCCAUGGAGUCAAAUCUCAGUCCAGACCCCAACGACACCACGCAUGCCCUUCUCGCGCAGCUCGUCCAAAUUGGACUCGGCAACUUCGCUGCAGCGGGGUCUAUACCAGCAGCGCCAGCAUCUACCUGGUCGCCAUCCACAGCCAAUAUAAGGAUCCAAUCCAUCGCUUACGCGAGCUUGUCUUUCAGUACUGGCCGCGACUCGGAGGAUGAACGAGGGAAGCGCAGACAAGAGAAGUUCGACGGCAUUGUCACAUGGUAUUUUGAUGCUGUCGUGCAAUCGUUCCCGAUCCUGCUUCAGUUCUCUCUUUUUCUCUUUGGAAUUGCCCUCGGCGCCAAUAUGUGGUACGAACAGUACACGGUUGCCUGGGUCAUCAUUGCAGCCACGGUUUUCGGGUUUUUGUUUUAUUCCCUGACGGUGAUGGCGGCUUUGGUAUCUCCUGCGUGUCCAUUUCAGACGCCGAUAUCGACAAUAUUGCGCAUAUUGCGCGUUGACGGUAAGAUAAUUCUCAAGUUCUGCUCAUUCCAGUCUGAGUCAAAAUUGCAGAGCUCCUACGUCCAAUUGUUAUUCAGGCCUUCUAGUAUCUUAAGCAAUCGGUGCAUGCUGUUAUUCGGCGCCUUCCAGUACCCUCUACCCUGGCGGCGCUCUCCAACAAGAGUCGUGGACUCUGAAGCACAAUCGCUUGACCAGAGCAGGAACGUUGUAUCCAUGAAUCAAUGCCUCCUUAAGCUUAAGCUACCGGACACACCCACCAGCUCUCUCGAAGCACCUAGCAUCAAGUGGCUGCUGGAGACAUCCACGGAUCCUGAAGUAUUUCUCGCCGCUGCUAGCCUUGUUCACCAGUGUCGACUGGCCUCUGGGUCUCAAUGUCUCAGACACGCUGGGUCAACCUAUACGAUAUUUACAACACCUGCUUAG